AUGGUCCGUGCCUCUACAUCUGCGCAUCCUACUCGGUUCGAUGCAUGCUGAACGGCUUCUUUGCUUUCCCUCCACCCACAGGUUCAAGGAUCACGCCAUGAGGAUGCCAUGGCCGACUCGAGCCCUCGCAGUCGCAAUGACGACUGGCCAGGCUUCACCGACGUCUUCCCCAGCAGCAAGUUCGGACCCACGCCUGUCGUCGUGAUGGAUGGAGGAAUGGGAACGACGCUUCAAGCGCCACCUUUCUCGCAGAACAUCGACUCUGCUUUGUGGUCGUCCGAGCUGCUCGCGACGAGCGAAGGUCGGGGAACGCUCGCCCGGCUGCACGCGACAUGGGUCGAGGCUGGGGCUGAAUGCAUUGGGUCCAACAGGCGAGUUGAAAGUAGUGAUUCAUCUUGGGCUGUAGUACCUAGCCCUGGUUUGUAUCGUCAUGCGGUAUCCUCGCCCCUUUCGCAAGCGAGCCGCACAAGCGCAGCUCACGUGACUGACUCCUGUGGUGUCCGUCCAAUUCUUUCCCAGCUACCAAUCUUUCCUGCCGCUCUUCUUGCCCAGAACAUCGACCCACAACUGUAUCCAGGAGGCACACGAGACGAUGCUUUCCGCAUUAAAAUGCAUCACUUCGACCUCGCCCGAGGUCAGAUCGACUUCAUCAUUCUCGUCGACGAGCCGAGGUCAUUUCCCCGUUCUUUCGCUCGGACCCUUUGGCGCGGUCUGUUACCCAGGCCAAGAAUACGCAGGCUUAUACCCCUCCCCUUUCGGAUCCCGAGAAACACCCGCCAAGAUCGCCUACGACGUCGAAGCCAUCACUCUUCCUUCGGUACCUGUUACCCAUGAUCCAGAGGAGGACAAUCUGACGGCAUUCCACCUUCGACGGUUGAACGAUUUCGUCGAGGCGAAGGAAUGGAACCGAAUGAAGUUGAUCGCGUUCGAGACGAUCCCUGUGGUCAAAGAAGCGAGGGCGAUUCGAAAGGCGAUGCAGAUUUUCAAUGGACGGAUUGCGGGGAACGACGGAAGGAGUAAGGCAAGAUUACCAUUCUACAUUUCUUUCGUGUUCCCUCUGGAUGGACAAGGUCGGAUACGGUACCCCGACGCAGGGAUGGUGGGAUCGUCGCUGGAUGAACAAAUGGAACUAUUGGUCGAGGCUGUGUUUGGUGAUAGAGAAGGGGAAGAAAUGGCCGAUGGGUUUGGUAUCAACUGCUCGAAUCCGACGAGGCUCGACGAGGUGCUGCAAAGCUUGCACAAGGCCAUGAAGGCCUCGAGUGACGUCGCGAAAAGGGCCAAGAAGCCGUGGUUGGUGCUUUGUCAGUAUCGAGUUGAAUGCGCAGCUCUCUUGUGCGGCAGCUGAUAAGUGCCUUCUUUCUGGAUCCCCAGAUCCCGAUGGUGGAGCAGUCUACGAUGGUAAGCCUGUAUCUGACGAACCACGAAGCUUCUUCCUUGGCUUGAAUUGACAGUGCCCCUCUUCUUUCCCAGUCUUUACCAAAACGUGGUCAAACCCUCUUGGCCUUACAGUCGAGCAAUGGGCCUCCCUCCUAGCCGAGAACGUCGAGUCGUCCCUCGCGAUCCAAUCCAAGAGAACGGGGAGUCGGGACGAUGAAGCGUUGUGGGGCGGAGUGAUCGCGGGUGGGUGUUGUAAAGCGGGUCCGGAGGCCAUUCGAGCGCUUGGGAAGGAGCUGGCUGCGCGGAAGUUGACGACGCUGGCUUAG